AUGUCAAUGUGGAGCAACCUACCCUUGGAUCUCUUAGCCAAAAUCUUCUCCUUUCUCUCCCCAGACUCACUAGCCAUAGCAAGAUCAGUUUGCAAGAAUUGGCACACUUGUUCCAAGGCAUAUCCUAUAGCCUCAACAUCUGCAACAACAACAACCUCUUCAUGGUUCUUGGCUCUUCCAACUCGCAACCAUAGACCCUGUUGUUGUUAUGCUCACAAUCCAACCAUAGACAAAUGGCACCAACUCUCUCUACCACUCCCAUCAAUUCGACCAAUUGCUUCAAUUGGGGGUCUUCUCCUCUUAAAGGUCAUCAAUUCCACAACCCUCCAAUUGGGUCUUUGCAACCCCUUCACGGGCGAGUUCAAGCACCUUCCCCGGUUGCAUGCUGCAAGGACCAACCCUGCCAUUGGAGUCACACUGUCGAAUUCGAAUUCAUCUCAGGAUGAUGUUCGGUUGCCUUCGUUUAAAGUUUACGUGGCAGGUGGCAUGUCGGAGGCAGCACAAGGUGGCGCCACGUAUGAAACCAAGGUGGAGAUGUACGACUCAAGGGUUGACACGUGGCAGGUGGUGGGUUCGACCCCUGUGGAAAUCGCCGUUAGGCUCACCGUGUGGACACCCAAUGAGAGUGUGUGCAUUGGAGAGAGAUUGUAUUGGGUAACCUCGGCCAGAGCCUAUACUGUUAUGGGAUACGACGUUGGUCGAAAUGGGUGGAGGGAAUUGGGUGUGCCUAUGGCUGAGAGGCUAGAGUUUGCCACGCUUGUUAAGAGAAAUGGGGCAUUGGGAUUAGUGGGUGGCACGUGUGGGGGGAGUGGUUCCAUUUGGGAGCUUAGUGAAGGUGAUAAGUGGUGCUUGGUGGAGAAGGUGCCACUUGAAUUAGGGUUGAAAUUGUUGGGAGGGAAGAGAGUUUGGGAGAGUGUAAAGUGUGUGGGUAAUGAGGAUUGUAUUUGUUUGUACAAGAAUUUUGGAAAUGGAAUGGUGGUUUGCAAAAGGGUAGGAGUUAUGGGUAGGUGGGAAUGGAUUUGGGUUGAUGGGUGUCAUUACAUCAAGGGAAAACAAUUGCCCCAUUGUCCAAUUAGAGGGGCACUUCUUCAUCCAACUCUUGCUUCUUCUCUUAUCUAUUAA